AGACUCCGCCGCUCGGUCCAGUUUGCCUUCCGCUCUCGUUUGGCAUAGUGUCGCGGCGACCAGGCGUCGUCAUCGCGUUUACACGCUCCUCCACGGCACCCGUAACGCGUGACCUCACUUCCUGUCUCCCAACGGCAAACAAGAUCAAAUGGAUAAUUCGCCUACCACCGACACAGUACGAAGACAAUCUCGCGCUGGUGGAUAAUCGUGUGAAAGAAAGUUGCAGCCGUUGGCUGGUGAUAGUUCUCGAACUGUUCAGCAAGAAAGUUUCCAGCAAGAGGAGUAAUUCUCGACGGAGGAUCGCCGAGUACUUGGGGUACCGUGGUUCUGGGACAACGAGAUCCAGAAAGCGGUGUGAGUCCCUACGGCAGAAGAGAGGCGCAGGCUCCCACGGGGGGGCGCACGGGGAGGCGGUGUGGCGGACCGGAACCGGAAAUGGCUGCGAGGUGGCUCCUGCUGGCGCUCCUCGCCGCCCACGCCGCGGCUCUUCCUGAUAUCAUUAGGAUAGGUGGGCUGUUUCAUCCGUCGGACGACAAACAGGAAGUGGCCUUUCGUUAUGCCGUGGAAAAGAUCAACGCCAACCGAGACAUCCUUCCCAAGUCUCGUCUCAGCGCCCAGAUUGAGCAAAUAAAGCCGCAGGAUAGUUUUCACGCCUCCAAGCGUGUGUGCCAUUUGCUGCGGAGCGGAGUUGCGGCGAUUUUUGGGCCUCAAAGCGCGCACACUGCCUCCCAUGUUCAAAGCAUCUGCGAUACCAUGGAAAUUCCACAUUUGGAGACACGAUGGGACUACAGACUCAGACGACAGAGCUGCCUCGUCAACCUUUAUCCACAUCCUACCACCCUUUCCAAGGCGUACGUUGAUUUGGUAAAAGCCUGGGGCUGGAAGAGUUUCACCAUCAUCUACGAGAACAACGAAGGCUUGGUACGAUUGCAAGAGCUCCUGAAGGCACACGGACCCAGUGAAUUUCCUAUUACGGUCAGACAACUCAACGAGGGCUCGGAAUAUCGGCCGUUGCUGAAGCAGAUAAAGAACUCGGCCGAGUCGCACAUUGUACUGGAUUGCUCCACCGAGAGGAUUUACGACGUGUUGAAGCAAGCGCAGCAAAUAGGGAUGAUGAGCGAUUAUCACAGUUACCUCAUCACCUCUCUGGACCUGCACAGCGUCGAUUUGGAGGAAUUCAAGCACGGCGGGACCAAUAUCACUGCCUUUCGAUUAGUGGACCCGGAGAAGCCGGAAAUUCAAAAGGUCGUGCAAGAUUGGAUCUACGGCGAGAAACGUUAUAACCGGGAGCUCGAUAUGGGACAAAGCUCCAACAAGAACAACCUCACCUGCAUAAAGACUGAAACCUCGCUGAUGUACGAUGCUGUGCACCUGUUCGCGAAAGCUCUCCACGAUUUAGACACGUCCCAGCAGAUCGACAUCAAACCGCUGUCCUGCGAAUCCACCGACACCUGGCCGCACGGAUAUUCCCUCAUAAACUACAUGAAAAUCGUGGAAAUGACUGGUCUGACUGGAAUUAUAAAGUUCGAUCAUCAGGGAUUUCGUUCGGAUUUCAUUCUGGAUAUCAUCGAACUCAAUAACAAGGAGGGUUUGAAGAAGAUAGGAACGUGGAACAGCACGAAAGGUAUAAAUUUUACGAGAAGCUACAAAGAGGAGUAUACUCAGAUCGUUGAGAAUCUUCAAAACAAGACAUUCAUCGUGACGACCAUAUUGAGCGCACCAUACUGCAUGAGGAAGGAUUCGAGCGAGAAGCUCACCGGAAACGCACAGUUCGAGGGUUACAGCAUCGAUUUGAUUUACGAGAUAUCGAGAAUACUAGGAUUCAAUUAUACGUUCCGUCUGGUGCCAGAUGGACGAUACGGUUCCUACAACAAGCAGACGAAAGAGUGGGAUGGUAUGAUGAAAGAACUGCUCGAUCAGAAGGCUGAUUUAGCGAUCGCUGAUCUAACUAUCACGUACGAUCGGGAACAAGCGGUCGACUUCACAAUGCCGUUCAUGAACCUAGGUAUCAGCAUACUGUACCGUAAGCCUAUAAAGCAACCACCGAAUCUGUUCUCGUUCCUCAGCCCUCUGAGCCUGGACGUUUGGAUUUAUAUGGUGACAGCUUAUCUGGGUGUCUCGGUGCUGCUCUUCAUACUCGCCAGGUUCAGCCCCUACGAGUGGGAGAAUCCCCAUCCGUGCAACGGACAGUCCGAGGUCCUCGAGAACGAGUUCACCCUGAUGAACUCGCUCUGGUUCACCAUAGGCUCGCUCAUGCAGCAAGGCUCUGAUAUAGCGCCGAAGGCUGUGUCGACUCGCAUAGUGGCGGGUAUGUGGUGGUUCUUCACUUUGAUCAUGAUUUCUUCGUACACUGCCAACUUGGCCGCGUUCCUUACCGUCGAGAGGAUGGAUUCACCGAUCGAGAGCGCGGAGGAUCUUGCAAAGCAGACGAAAAUCAAAUACGGGGCUCUCAAAGGAGGAAGUACCGCGGCCUUUUUCCGAGAUUCCAAUUUCUCGACGUACCAGCGCAUGUGGUCCUUCAUGGAUUCGGCAAAGCCGACGGUAUUUACAACGAGCAACGUCGAGGGUGUGGAACGGGUGAUCAAGGGUAAAGGCAGUUACGCGUUCCUAAUGGAAUCCACUUCUAUCGAAUACGUAAUCGAGAGGAACUGCGAUCUGACUCAAGUUGGCGGUCUGUUGGAUUCGAAGGGUUAUGGCAUAGCCAUGCCACCAAAUUCGCCGUACAGAACCGCCAUAAGCGGGGCCAUCCUGAAGCUGCAGGAAGAGGGGAAGCUGCACUUGCUGAAGACACGCUGGUGGAAAGAGAAACGAGGCGGAGGAUCUUGCAGGGACGACACGUCGAAGAGCAGUUCGACAGCGAACGAGCUGGGCUUGGCAAACGUCGGCGGUGUGUUCGUGGUUCUGAUGGGCGGGAUGGGGAUCGCUUGUGUGAUAGCGGUAUGCGAGUUCGUCUGGAAAAGCCGGAAGGUCGCCAUUGAGGAACGGAAAUCCGUGUGCUCGGAGAUGGCGAGCGAGCUGCGUUACGCGUUGGAUUGCGGGAACGGGACGAAAAAGCCGGUGAAGAAGACACUGUGUCAACGCGAGAGGCAGCAAUCGAAUCUGUCGAUCGUGUCCGAGGAGGGCAGAUAUCCAGAGUGCAACAAGUACAGACACUUCGUGGGGAAAGCGCCUCUGACUUGAAGCUCGCAAGCGGAUCGUUGAACACCAUGGACGUAUGGUGAACACGUUUAAUCUAACCGAUUCAAUGAACUAUAAGCGAUUAGCCGCGAAUCGAACUUUCUAGGCGAACGAAACUCGAGCCCUCCUUCAACUUGCUACUGCUGUUCCCUUUUUCUGUGUCUCUGGGUGUGUAUACGUCUGUUAUUAUUUUUUUAUCUUCUUCCAUUUUUUUUUUUUUUUUUUUUUCUUCACAAGUGACACGAGCAAGGUAGUUCUUCGACUAGCACUUUGUAGGGUCUACAGUCGUUUAGCCGUUAAUUGGAGCUCGUUGGAAUUUAUUGUACCGUGCGGGAGACAACGGCGCGCGCUGUUUGAGCGAAAAGAUUAACGAGCGACCUCGAGAUCCUUUGUCUUUCGUUGAGGUACUCGUGCCGGAAGAGCGUGUCUUUUAUGGAAAGGGAAGAUCGUGAACUGUCUAUGGCUGUAGCUUCUGCGGUUGAUAUAAAAUGUCGAAAGGCAGCUCCAAGUAAGAGGGUCGAAAACUGUUAACCCUUCGCUGUUCAACUUUCUAAGUGGUGGUUCUAUGUAGAGGACGUUGCAACAAGUCUGGUGUCAAGUAACUUUUUUUUUAAUAUUAAAUUCAUUCUUCAUGUUCAUUUAGUGAAAAUAGGAUUGUUUAAAAAUUGAUUUGGAAUUGCCAAGAGUUAAAAUUUACGAAUAUUAUAAUGAUUCCAUUUUAUUCGUUUGAAACUUUUCCAAUUUCAAUUGAUUAAAACUUUUCAUUAACUCUAUUUUCAUUUUUGAUUAACUUUAUCAAACUGUUUCGCAGGUUUGAAUACACUAAAAUUGAAUGGAGUGGUACUAUAUCGGGGUUGCAGAUUAUUCAGAGUGUCACACACAGGUGUAUCUAAUAAUUAUUUUAUUCAAUCUGGUAUUAACGAUGAAUUUACCAUUCGUUCUAACAUUAAUUUAAAACACCCGAGCUCGACACUGAACGUUCCUUUCUCUCUUCAAAUUAUAAAUGAUAUUUAUUUAUUUCAUCCCCCUUUUAUCAAACGCUGAUACUUUAAUUAUUCAAUUCAAUUUCGUACACAUUUUAUUAAUUUGUUUAAAAUAAACGUCGAUAUCUCCCGUACGAUAUUCGUGGCAAAUACGAGACAAUUAUUUCGACUAAUGGAAGCGAUCGUAAAGGAAAAAUGAAUUUUGUGAAACGCUAUUCGAACAGUGAAGAAAAAUUUUAUUGAGGAAACGAAUCGAAAGGAUCUCUAACAUCGACCAUAUUGUUCAUUUCUAAAGAAAGUACACUAAUGUUGUUCAAUAAAUUGAAAUGCCGUCUGUUCGAUGGCGUUCAGGUACACCCCCUUAGUGUAAAUAUACAUUAUCGUUAAGAAUACGAAUUAAACGAUCGCGUCUGUGCAUUGUAAUAUAGUACGUUUACGGGAGGGCCAUUUAAUCGCGAGAGUUCGUUCAUCUGAUUAGCUAAAAUACAUUUUAAUUUAAGAUAAUGUGUCCAAUGCGAAUGAGCAUCGCAGAAACGUGUUCAUUUUGAACGUCUCAUCGACGUUACAUCGAAAGUGUAGAUAGAACAAGCAAUUUUAUGCUUUCAUUUCGUUCUAAUUCUUUUCAUUAUAAACAUUCAAAGCUUCCAGCUCUGCCGUUGUAAAGUAUAGAAUUUUAUUAAUCUAUCUACAUUCAAUUCCAGAUUCUUUUCGCUUCGAUGCUGCCUGUAAUUCUUCGAACGAGAAAAUGAAUUCCAGUUUCAUAUAUUAAAAUUCAUGAAUAGAGAUGGUGGAAAUAAUAUGCAAUACCCAUUUUGAUUUUUAAUCUACGAAAUUUCAGAAAUAUUUUUAAAUUAAAAUUAUUUUUCCUGAUUUUUUAAAAAAUCACUGUUGGAUGGAAUCAUACACAGUACUAAUAAUACUGAUUAAUUGUGCAAAUAUUUUAAUAUAAAUGAAAAUCAUAGUCACCAAUAUUAUCACCACCAUCUCUACUUUCUUUUCGAAAAUUUCUUCUCAAUUAGUUUUCAAAACAAAUUUCAUUAACUCGAUGCAACAUAUCGAUUCUGCUUUCCUAGUUUCCCAACGUUCGAAGGAAUAAACUAAUUAAUAGGAUCAAUAAGGAGACUGUUUACAGGUGUUACGUUGCUGUUUGCGAAUACCACGAGCAGUAUUAAUUUCCGUCUUCCUUCUCCGAAGGGGGUAAACGCGUGCAAGUAUCGCUCGUCUUAGUCGACGGAACGAUCGAUUUCCUGAUGCAGAUUGAUCGUCGCGAUGAAAUUAUCGUCGAGAUUCGGGGUGUUCCACAUUCCGAUAUGAUUCCGUGACUGGCGUACACGAUUUCUCAGGACACCGUGUAUACUAGUGGUUCAAAUCGUUGUUCGUUCUGCCAGUUUUUUUACUCUCGACUCGAUCACCUGCCAAAUGUGAAUGCGUGAAUUUGUGGAUGCGUGGGCGCGUGUCUGUGUGUGUGUACAGUGAAUCAAAAUCGUAAACGUACAAACGCGAAAAAGACCCGUAUAAAUGACACACCGCGUAUCAGUCGCAAUUUGUAAAUAAAUUUGUCUGUAACGCGUACACUGCGUUCACGUCUAAACGAGUUUGUUAAGAGCCUAUUGAUUAUACUUCUUACGUAAAGUGUACUACCGAGCAUCAUAUUAUACGUGAAAUAAACUCAUCGUCUGUAAAUUCUCUAUAAA